AGGGCUCCUUAUCUAAAGAUGGGCUUUACAAUUACAUAACAAAACCGGCCCAAGUAUAGUAAUAAAAGAUAAGAUUCAACGGCGCCGACAGAACAGAACAGCCGCCGCGACGCUCCGCCGAAGACAGCUUCACAGGCGAUCAGAUUGUUCCAAUCCUAUCUCAACGCCGUCACCGAAAUGUCUCAUCUGAAUCUUCAGUUAUAAAAACUUCCGAUUUAAACCUACCAAACCCCUUCGCCACUCCUGAUUUGGAGCGAGGGGAUUCAAUUUCUUUUCGGCUUCAAUAGAUUUUGCUUCUAGAUAGAUUCUCUUAGCUUCACCAGAUAGUCAUCCUCUUCAUCAAUCAAGACAUUAAAGGUAUCAGAGCAAUUCUUGAGAAUUUGCGUUUAGCUCCGAUUUCGCUCCCAAAAGAAAGAAGAGAUGCGAGCAAUUCACAUUGUGACCACGCGGUUGAGCUCCUGCUGCUUUAGGCCUGUUCUUCUUCUUGACUUGGUUUCUUGCUCGCCACGCCAUUCCCCAAUCCCUAAGCGUUUCAUCAGCGCGGCGGCGAAGGCGGAUGGAAGCAGGUCUGGUUCGAUUGUGGCUCCUCCGGUGAUCAAAGACGUUGAGAAGAUCGAUGUUAAUCCUCCUAAAGGAACUCGUGAUUUCCCUCCGGAUGAUAUGCGUCUCCGUAACUGGCUAUUCAACCAUUUCAAAGAGGUAUCACGGUUAUUUGGAUAUGAGGAAAUCGACUUUCCAGUGUUGGAAACGGAGGCAUUGUUUAUCAGAAAAGCAGGAGAAGAGAUUAGAGACCAGUUGUACUGCUUUGAAGAUAGGGGUAAUCGUCGUGUAGCAUUAAGGCCUGAGCUCACACCUUCUUUAGCCAGACUUGUGAUACAGAAAGGAAAAUCUGUUUCCCUUCCAUUGAAGUGGUUUGCUGUUGGACAAUGUUGGCGAUACGAGAGAAUGACAAGAGGAAGGCGACGUGAGCAUUACCAGUGGAAUAUGGAUAUAAUAGGUGUGCCUGAAGUAACAGCUGAAGCAGAACUAAUUUCAUCUAUAGUCACCUUCUUCAAGCGAGUUGGGAUCACUGCAUCAGAUGUUGGUUUCAAGGUUUCAAGCCGUAAGGUUUUACAAGAAUUGCUAAUAAAGUAUGGUGUACCUGAAGACCUGUUUGGAAGAGUGUGUAUCAUUAUCGACAAGAUAGAAAAGAUCCCAAUCGAUGAGAUAAAGAAAGAACUCGGGUUCACGGGGAUAUCAGAAGAUGAUAUUGAGCAGUUAUUGAAAGUGCUUUCUGUGAAGUCUUUGGAUGAUUUGGAAGAUACCCUUGGUGGAGCAGGAGAAGCCAUUGCAGAUUUGAGAAAUCUCUUCUCACUUGCUGAAAAGUUUGGUUAUUCAGAGUGGAUACAGUUUGAUGCAUCUGUUGUGCGAGGUCUUGCUUAUUACACUGGUAUCGUCUUCGAGGGAUUUGAUCGGAAAGGAAAGCUGAGAGCUAUAUGUGGUGGUGGGAGAUAUGAUAGAUUACUCUCUACUUAUGGAGGUGAUGACAUUCCUGCUUGUGGUUUUGGUUUUGGCGAUGCUGUAAUCGUCGAAUUGCUUAAGGAGAAUGGUUUGUUACCAGAGCUGAGACAAGAAGUAGAGAACAUUGUGUGUGCUUUGGACAAAGAUCUCCAAGGAGCUGCAGCAACUGUUGCAACCGCUCUUAGAGACAAAGGCCAAACCGUUGAUUUGGUAUUGGAGAGUAAACCGCUGAAAUGGGUCUUCAAGAGAGCGUCUCGAGUAAACGCAAGAAGGCUGGUUUUGGUUGGGAAGACAGAGUGGGAAGAUGGCUUAGUCAGUGUCAAGGUUUUGUCUUCAGGAGAGCAAUUCCAAGUCAAAGUCAAUGAAUUGGAGUAGUAUCAAGAAGUUAUAGUCAUGAACAAGAGUUUCAUUGUCCUUAAAAAAGCAACUGAGUUGAGAUUUAAUUUAUAUUUGAUCAUGAAUAUUUGUUUAUUCUUAUAAAACCGGUUACAAAAAUAUACUUUUUUGGCUACAUGAUUAGUUGGAGAAAUGGUUCUUGGCGAGAGAGACAAAAAGAAAAGAGAAGUGAUCGAGC